AAACCUUUUAAGUUUUAAUCAAAAUCCUAGUGGAACCCACCUGUAAUCUUUCAAACAGGGACAAAACCAGAAAGUCUCUGAAACAUCUUGCAGCUGAGUUUCUAGGGGCCGACACUCAAAACGGAGAGCACUGCCCUAUUAAUGAUGCACGAGCUGCAAUGUUGACUUACCAGAAGAAAGAGAAGAGAGUGAGCAAGAAAUGUGAAAGACCAGACAUGGAUGAGACUGAAACAAAAGAAGCGUAAGCCCAAGAAAAAAGUAAAGGCUUCCACCAGUGACACCCCCAAUGGUUUGAUAAUCUUUUUUUUUUGUUUGAAUGAAUGUUAAAUUUAUCCAUCCUCUCCAUCAGCAGUAGAUGUUCUGAAUAAAGCUGGAUCAAAUCUCCUUCAAGAACUAUUAUCCCCGGUUCACUGGCCUUCUCUCUCUGAUGGCCAACAUCGCUCUGCAAACAAUCAUACUAGAGCCCCACAAAUGACAAACAGAGUUACUAACAAAGCUCUGGUCAAGUCAAAAUUGCCUACUCCUGAAGUAAAGAAAGAUGGAAAUCUUCGAUUCCCUUGGGCUGAGAAGAUGAACCCAUCUGCCAGGAACCUCUACAAAACAACAUCUCCCACAUACUUGGAAGAUGGUACUCCAAUGGUAACAAUCCCGAGCAAACUUCUGCUUCAUGGUCCUGAAAAUAAGAAAGAGUAUAUUAUUGGCCAGUUUCAUCGCUGUUCUUUUCUGUCAGGUGGGCUUGUUCAUGUUGUAGUUAAUAGGAUUUGGGGUAAGAAAUGCAGAAUCUUUUCUAGGAAACUAGGUGAUUCUUCUUUUUUAUUCCACAUUCCAGAUGUAUCUACACGUUCUUGGAUUCUUCAGAGGGGAUUAUGGCAUGUGGAUGAUUGCUUGAUGUUUGUAGCUCCUUGGAGUCCUGCAGCUUCAUUAUCUCUUCCAGAGAUUUCCACUAUUCCAGUUUGGGUAACUCUAAAAAAUAUCCCCAGUAGGUUAUACUCUAAUCCAGGAAUAAGCCGAAUUGCCUUUGCCCUGGGAGCUCCAAUGCUGACAAAUAAGCCCAGACUUGACCCUACUCUCAUGGGUGAGGCAAAAAUCUUGGUGGAAGUUGAAUUGGACAAGCAAUUCCCGCAGAAGAUCGCUUUGAAUGACAAAAAGGGUACUAUAUCAUUGGUUGAUGUAGAGUAUUCAUGGAUCCCAACAAAGUGUGGUAAGUGUGGACACUUAGGCCAUAAAGACUCAAGAUGUCUGCAAAAAUCUGCUCAGCCUAGGAACUCGAGUCAUCCGUCUAAUGAUCAAAUAGGAGCUUCGCUUGCUUCUGCAAGUGUUUACCCUUCUGUUUUAGUCCCUGAAGUUGCUACAGAUGAUAUGAGUAUUUCUGCUUCUGUUACUGUGGCAAGGACUGAUUCAGCCAUUAUUCCAACAGUCUCUCCUCCAGUUGCUGCCGUUGCGUCAGUCACAAGAACUCCAGUUGCUGCAGUAGCGUCCAUCACAGGAACUCCUAUUGUUUCCGCUGCAUCAGUCACAGAACAUGUCCCUACUUUAAUGACUCCCUCACCUACUGUGAAUAUUGGUUCAGUCCAUGUCCCAUCCACUUCAGUCUCGACCACAGUCAUUCAAGCCAUAGAAGCAUUACCUACUACAUCAGCUGCUACUCUAAAGUCUACAUCAGUAUCUGAUGGCCAAGUACUAGCCUCUUCACCUUCAUCCUUUUUUUAGAUCCUCCCUACAAGUACCGAGUCAGAACCAUCUACUCCAGCCACCAUCUUUAAAGCAACAACAACAGCAACAGCCACUCCUUCUAGCAAUUCAGCCUUGUCUGAAAAUGCUCCGCUUAAUACAGACCAUACAACUACUUUGGAAGAUCUUCCAGCCACAGGGAGUGUUUUUUUAACGCCCCCACCCGAAGUUUCAAGUGAUAUUCCACCAUAUUCCGGAGGUUUGUCUUUUACUCCUUUCACAGGUGAUUGCACAGGUUAUUUUAAUGAAUUUGAAAUGGCCCAACGAUCACGACAUGGAAGAGAGCUGAAACCAUCUCAGAAGGUCCAAGAUAUGCAGUGGCAAACAGUAAGAGGUCGCAAAAGCCGGGGCUGCCGAGGCAGAGGUCGUCACGGAGACCAACACUAAAGUUAUUUAGUGAGCUAAUCUCUCUCUCAAUUUUUUCAAAUGCUUAGAGAUUUAUGCUGUAAUUCUCUAGCUCCAUAUGAUUUUUCAAUCAUCUUUCUUUCACAAGCUUUACUUUGAACUCUAUGAUGUCAAAUUCAUAGCCUUGUAACUUUAUUUUCAGCAUUGCAAUUUAAAUAUGAAAGCCUUUUACAAAAAAAAAAUGAAUGUUAAAUUUAUUCAUAAAAAAAAUCUUAUUACAUCAAAUGCUUCCUAUUUAUUUUAGAAAAAAACUCAAAGAAACUCCACACUUUACAACCUAGUGUUAAACCAAAAUUACAUCAACUCCUCCAUUCCUUUGAUCCCCUUUUUGCGCAUCACACUGAUCUUGUUUCGGAUACUCUUAUCAAGCAUUCUUUUAAGUGCCUCUAAAGGCAACAACUUAUCUCCAUGCCUGGUCUUAUUACGUUCUCUCUACACCGCAUAAAGAACAGCUUGAAAAAAGUACCUUAUAAAGAACAAACUCUUCUUCUCCCUUGAUGAAUCUCUGAUAAUCUCCAUAUCCAUGAUCUCUGACCAAUGAUUUGUAUAGGAGGUACCCAAUAUACCUUUUGCUAUAAAUUCCCAAACUUGAGUCGUGUAAACACACUCAAAAAAUAGAUGAUUCCUCGACUCGUGCGCAGAUUUACAAAGAACACAAGUAGUAUCAAUCUAUUGACUCCAUUUUACCAUUCUGUCUAUCUCUAGAGGAUAGCCACGCCAUAAACGUAUAUUUGGGAAUAGCUUGGGAAAACCAUAUCUCACAGACCCAAGAACAUGAAGGAAAACUUACUCUUAACUGCUUCCAAGUUUCUUGAGUAGAAAAUUUCUGCUUAUAGCCGGACUUCCCUUUCCAAAUACUCAUGUCCUUUGAUAAUCAUGAGGUUUGGUAAUCCUUACUCUUACUUGUUACUUAGCAUCA